AUGUCAGCCGGCCCUCCACCAGGCCACCCCUGGCCUGUCAACGUCGGCAACAACCCCAACAUCAAUCGCGACCCCCCACCACCCCCAAUCCACGGGUUCAGUGGUGGUCCCAUCCCCCAGGCCCCUCCUGCACCGGUACCUGCAGCCGCUCCCGGCGCAGCAGCAGCAGGACCACCCCAAGUCGUCGUCGAGCAACAACAACAACAACAACAACACCAGCAUAAUCCUAUCUAUGGGCCCCCUUUGCCCAUAGACAUUGCCCCUCCCCUCGGCAUAGGCAUAGGUGCGUUUCCUCCACCCGUCCUCUCUCAUCCUACCCUCGGCCUCAUGGAUCCCUUCCUCCUCGGUGGCUUUGCUGUACCACCCCCAGGCGGCGGUCCCCUCGCCCCCAUCCGCACCGGCAACUUCCUCCCCAAUGCUCAGUACGGCAUAGGUUUCGGUCUGCACGCCACCGGCGUAGCUUUUCCACCCCCACCCCCCGGCGCCAUGGCAGGCGUGCUCCAGCCAUUUGCCGCGCCCGCGCCUCUUUGGAGUCCCGCCGCCGGCGCCGGUUUGGCAUUUGGAAACGUUCCCGCUGUAGCCGGCGGCGUAGUAAUGCCUCCGCCGAUGAACAUAAUGGGUGCCGGCGGCGCUGCCACACAGCAUUACCGCCCGGCACCGCUCGUCCACGACGGAAACAAUGGACAUGACGCGCAGCCCGCUCAGACCGACGUAUCGCAGAUUGCCGGGGCCAUUCCUCCGGGCGUCAUGCUGGUCGAGUCGGCCGAACACACGAUUUUCAUGCGCAUCACCGGCAAUGUUUGUCCGUGGUUGUCGCCCGGUGCGUCGUUUGGGAUUGAGCAGCUCGCGGCGGCUAGUACCACUGGGUUAAAUCGCCUCAUUCAGAUUUGCCAUGAUGGGGUUCCUGAAGACGAGCUUGAGGGUACGGCGGUUACCGAGUGCAUUGAGCUGGGGAAUGGGCUGUGGGAGAAGGGUCAGACGUUUAGGUAUAACGAUGCUGUGUCUAAGGUGCUGACGCUGAAGGAUGCUGGCUGGGAUAAUACGAGGAAUAGGGUGGGGGGGAAUUCGCUGCAUCUGUGGGGUCAUAGGGUCUAA